CUGAAAUUAAACACAGCACAUAUAUAGAUAGUCGUGCUUUCCAUCAGUCAGCGUAUUUCUCUAAAUUUCGGCAUCUACACGUUCUCUGCCGAUGUUCAUGUAGCUGUUUUCAAUCCCGAUUCUACUUCAAGAUCUUGAAAUAUACUGUGUUUUCUAGGAAAUCAUCGUCGAUUUCUUGAUCUGGGCCGUCCAGAUCUGCGACAGUGACGGUAAAGAUGGGAUCUUUUCACAGUUUGAAGGUGUCGGUCUUGCUUAUCGUGUUAGUGAUUUCUCAAUUGAGCGAAGGGUUUUAUCUACCCGGUAGUUACCCUCACAAAUAUGAAGUCGGUGAUUCCUUGAAUGUGAAAGUGAAUUCUUUGACUUCAAUUGACACUGAAAUGCCCUUUAGCUAUUAUAGUUUGCCAUUCUGUCAACCCAAAGAGGGUAUUAAGGAUAGUGCAGAGAAUCUCGGUGAGCUUCUCAUGGGUGAUAGGAUUGAGAAUUCGCCCUAUAGGUUCAAGAUGUACACUAAUGAGACCGAGAUUUUCCUCUGCCAAACAAAGCCUUUGUCGGGUCACGAGUUUAAGCUUUUGAAAAAGAGGAUUGAUGAGAUGUAUCAGGUCAAUGUGAUUCUUGAUAACUUGCCAGCAAUUAGGUACACUAAGAAGGAUGGGUAUAUGUUGAAGUGGACGGGUUACCCGGUGGGUGCCAAGGUCGAUGACGGGUACUAUAUCUUCAAUCACUUGAAGUUUACAGUCCUUGUCCAUAAGUUCGAAGAGAACAAUAUGGCUCGUGUAAUGGGCACUGGGGAUGCUGCUGAGAUGAUCCCGCCUGAGAAAAACCAGGGAUCAGCUAUACCAGGGUACAUGGUUGUCGGGUUUGAGGUGGUGGCUUGUAGUUUCCAGCAUAAGGAUGAAUUGGUUAAGAACUUGAAAAUGUAUAACAAGUACCCAGCUUCAAUUAGCUGUGAUCCAAACGCGGUGGCCAUGCCUAUCAAGGAGAAUGAGCCGCUUGCUUUUUCGUAUGAGGUCUCUUUUGUGGAGAAGGACAUCAAGUGGCCUUCAAGGUGGGAUGCGUAUUUGAAGAUGGAGGGUGCUAAAGUGCAUUGGUUUUCGAUUCUGAAUUCGCUCAUGGUGAUCACUUUCUUGGCCGGUAUUGUGCUUGUGAUCUUCUUGAGGACUGUUAGGCGGGAUCUUACCCAGUAUGAGGAGCUCGACAAGGAAGCUCAAGCUCAGAUGAAUGAGGAGUUGUCGGGUUGGAAGCUCGUUGUUGCUGAUGUCUUCCGUGCCCCUUCUAAUCCAGCGCUCCUGUGUGUGAUGGUCGGUAAUGGGGUCCAGAUUCUUGGAAUGGCUGCGGUGACAAUUUUAUUCGCUGCCCUCGGAUUUAUGUCCCCAGCGUCACGGGGGACUCUUAUUACAGGCAUGCUGUUUUUCUACAUGGUUCUUGGAAUUGCAGCCGGGUAUGUAGCUGUUCGUUUAUGGAGGACGAUCUUCUGUGGGGAUAACAAGGGAUGGAUUGGUGUCUCGUGGAAGGUGUCUUGUUUCUUCCCCGGUAUUUCAUUCCUGAUUUUCACUCUCUUGAAUUUCUUAUUGUGGGGUAGUAACAGCACAGGAGCAAUUCCUUUCUCUUUGUAUGUCAUCCUCAUAUUGCUGUGGUUCUGUAUCUCUGUUCCCCUCACCCUUGUUGGUGGCUACUUUGGUGCGAAGGCGCCUCAUAUAGAAUUCCCUGUUCGAACAAACCAAAUCCCCCGAGAAAUCCCACAGCAGAAGUAUCCAUCAUGGCUGUUGGUUCUUGGCGCUGGGACCCUUCCCUUUGGCACACUCUUCAUCGAGCUCUUCUUUAUCAUGUCGAGCCUCUGGAUGGGCCGUGUGUACUAUGUUUUCGGAUUCCUCUUUGUCGUGCUCAUGCUUUUGGUGGUGGUUUGUGCUGAGGUGUCGCUUGUUCUUACUUACAUGCAUCUUUGUGUGGAGGACUGGAAAUGGUGGUGGAAGUCUUUCUUUGCAUCUGGUUCAGUCGCUAUAUACAUUUUCCUUUACUCCAUCAACUAUUUGAUAUUCGACCUCAAGAGUUUGAGCGGGCCUGUCUCUGCAACGCUCUACUUGGGCUACUCGCUCUUCAUGGUGUUCGCAAUCAUGCUUGCAACUGGCACAGUGGGCUUCCUCUCCUCGUUCUGGUUCGUGCAUUACCUGUUUUCAUCUGUGAAGCUGGACUGAGGUGCGAUGAGUGUUGGUGAACAGGAAACAACUUUUGAAGAUUAUCUAAUAGUUUCUUGUUUUCUGAUGAAGUAGAGAAUGUUGAUCCACAAAAAUAACACCACGAAGUUUGGUAUUUUUUGGUAUUAGAUACUCCACUAUACUACUCUUUGCAGUCUUUUUUUCCUUAUAUACACGUAUAAUUUUCAUCUUUUGAUA